AUGGUGUACUACUUCAAAUCGACAGCGGUUGAACCGCCGGCGUUCAUCUAUGUGGGCAAGGACAAAGUGGAGAGUAUGUGGCAGAUGCGUCUCGGAGAAUUGGAAGCAGCAUCUGACAUUGGACUUGCAGAUGAGGAUUUGAUCAAGUUCGGAUGGGAUGAAGAUGUUUGUGCACACGUCUAUGUGCGACUACGGCAAGGGGAGACAUGGACCACGAUUCCAGCAGGGUUGCUGGAGGACUGUGCCCAACUGACCAAAGCAAAUUCCAUUGAAGGUAACAAAAAGGACAACGUCACUAUCAUCUACACUCCCUGGUCGAACCUACGCAAGGAUGCAUCAAUGGCAACUGGCCAGGUGUCAUUUCACGACCCAAAGAUGGUCAAGAAAGUUCACGUCAAGGAACGACAGAACGCGAUUGUCAACAGAUUGAACAAAACCCGAGUCGAGAAAUUCCCCGACCUCCGAGAAGAGAGGGAGGCCGACCAGAGAGAAAAGCGUAAGGCAGAGCGAUUAGAGCGUGAGAAAGUCAAGGCGGCGGAUCGGGCAGAGAAGAAGAGAAGAGAAGACCUGCGAUAUCAAAAGGACCAUGCGUAUGAUGAUCUGUUCAGGGAGGAGAACAUGGUCAGCAACCAAGACCGAGAUGCCAACUUCUACGAAGACGACUUUAUGUAA